UCUGGCUCGCGGUCGGUGCCUCGGUGCGAGGCGGGCGCGGGGCCCGCUCCGCUCGGCGGUUCCCAUGGUGAUCGCGCGCGCCCGGCCGGUCCCGGAGCAUCCCCCCCGCUCCGCGCGCGCCCUUCCCGCCCGCGCGGGGCCAUGUCCCGCGGGCGCUGCCCACACCUGCUCUGGGACGUGCGGAAGCGGACCCUGGGGCUGGAGGAGCCCGGAUUGCUGCGCAGGCACUACCUCGGGAGAAGAGAAUUUAUCCAAAGAUUAAAACUUGAAGCAACCUUGAAUGUUCAUGAUGGAUGUGUGAACACAAUUUGCUGGAAUGAUACAGGAGAAUAUAUUUUAUCUGGUUCAGAUGACACCAACUUGGUCAUUAGUAAUCCCUACAGCAGGAAGGUUCUCACAACGAUUCGCUCAGGACACAGGGCCAAUAUUUUCAGUGCAAAAUUCUUACCCUGCACCAAUGACAAACAGAUUGUUUCAUGUUCUGGAGAUGGAGUCAUUUUCUACACGAAUGUUGAACAGGAUGCAGAGACCAACAGGCAAUGCCAGUACACCUGCCACUAUGGGACUACCUACGAGAUUAUGACAGUACCAAAUGAUCCCUACACUUUCCUCUCCUGUGGUGAGGAUGGCACCGUGAGAUGGUUUGAUACUCGUAUCAAAACAAGUUGCACAAAGGAAGAUUGUAAAGAUGAUAUUUUAAUAAACUGUCGUCGUGCUGCCACCUCUGUUGCUAUCUGUCCACCCAUCCCCUACUACCUGGCUGUGGGCUGUUCUGACAGCUCAGUGAGGAUCUAUGACAGGAGAAUGCUUGGCACAAGGGCAACAGGGAAUUAUGCUGGCAGGGGCACUGUUGGAAUGGUGGCACGUUUUGUCCCUCCUCAUCUCAACAACAAAUCUUGCAGGGUAACAUCCCUGUGCUACAGUGAAGAUGGCCAAGAGAUCCUUGUGAGCUACUCCUCAGAUUACAUUUACUUGUUUGAUCCCAAGGAUGACACAGCACGAGAACUUAAAGUCCCUUCUGCAGAAGAAAGAAGGGAAGAGUUACGUCAGCCUCCUGUCAAACGUCUGCGGCUCAGAGGGGAUUGGUCAGAUACUGGGCCAAGAGCAAGGCCUGAGAGUGAGAGAGAGAGAGAUGGGGAGCAGAGUCCCAAUGUCUCUCUGAUGCAGAGGAUGUCAGACAUGCUGUCAAGGUGGUUUGAAGAAGCCAGUGAAGUCGCACAGAGCAAUCGAGGACGAGGAAGAUCACGGUCCAGAGGUGGGACUAAUCGGACAGAUGCUCCUGCUACUAACAACAUGGCACCCAGCAGAGAAACAGAAACUGCAAUGGAAGUAGAUGGUUCUGAACAGCUUCCAUCAUCUUCCUCUUCUACCAUGUCAGCUCAAGCUCCUUCAACAUCAUCUUCGACAGAAAGUCCCCCUUCAACUUCAUUACUGUCCUCUCCUGACAAUGAGCAAAGGCCUUCUUUAGGGGCCUCAACUCAGCCUGUGCUGCAUCAGUCUGAGUUAAUGGGACCCGAGUUAGCAAUAAUCCGUAGGGGCCUGCAGCGACUGAGGCUUAAGAAGGCAGAGCAGCAGAGACAGCGAGAGCUGGCUGAGGCUUCUGCAGCACAGCCCUCCUCUUCUGAGCAGGCCACCCCUAAGGGCUCCUCACAGGACCCCCAGGCAGCAGAUUCUCCUUCUUCAGUGGUUAACAAACAGCUUGGAUCCAUGUCACUUGAUGAGCCACAGGAGAGUGAUAAGCCACGGACAGGAACAGGUGAACCAGUUUUAAGUUUGCACUACAGUACAGAAGGAACUACUACAAGCACAAUAAAAUUGGACUUCACUGAUGAGUGGAGCAUCACAAAUUCAAGCUCAAGAGGGAGUGGAAGUCACUGCAAAACUGAAGGCCAAGAGGACUCUGUUAAAACAAAAGCUUUGGAUGAGUCAGGGCCUGAUGAGGAAGAAACAAGGAUUCCUGAUGAAUCUCUCAAGGAAGAUGCAAGUGCUGAACAGCUGAAAAAUACAGAUGAAGCUGUAGAGACAAGAGAAGCAGCAGUAUCAGAUAAACCUGCUCCUGAGCACUCAGGAACUGAAGCAGAAGCAGAUGUCCCCAGUGCUGAUGCUGUGUCUGGGCACGCAGAGGAAGGAGCCUGCUGUGAGAAGGGCGCAGACCAAGAGCCCUGCGGUGACCCCAGUGCCGGGGGGCUGCUGGCCAGCCAGGAGCCUCCAUCCCAGCCCCAAUCCUCGGGGAUGGCGCCUCCGGACGAGGCCUCGGCCCGGACCUCGGCUCUGCAGGAAACCGACGACAGCGACGACGACCCCGUCCUCAUCCCGGGGGCCAGGUACCGAGGAGGCCCCGGACACAGACGAUCCGCCGUCGCCCGCAUCCAGGAGCUCUUCAGGAGGAGGAAGGAGAGGAAGGAGAUGGAGGAGCUGGAAACGCUCAAUAUCAGGCGUCCCUUGAUAAAGAUGGUUUAUAAAGGUCACCGCAACUCCCGGACCAUGAUAAAGGAAGCCAACUUUUGGGGAUCCAACUUUGUCAUGAGUGGCUCAGACUGCGGGCACAUUUUCAUCUGGGACCGCCACACUGCUGAGCACCUCAUGCUGCUGGAGGCUGACAACCACGUGGUGAACUGUCUGCAGCCUCACCCCUUCGACCCCAUUCUGGCCUCUUCGGGUAUUGAUUAUGAUAUAAAAAUUUGGUCACCACUGGAAGAAUCCAAGAUUUUUAACAGAAAACUUGCAGACGAGGUUAUAACUCGUAAUGAAUUAAUGCUGGAAGAGACCAGAAACACCAUCACUGUCCCAGCUUCCUUCAUGCUCCGAAUGUUGGCUUCAUUGAAUCAUAUAAGAGCAGACCGAUUGGAAGGUGACAGAUCAGAAGGAUCUGGCCAGGAGAACGAAAAUGAAGAUGAAGAGUAACCAAUAAUUGUGUGUGAGCACCUGGAAGUCAAUAAAUUUGUAUAAAACAUUAAUUAUAUUUUUCCUUACAGAGCUUUAGUGCAAUUCUGAGGUAUUGCUUUUGGAUAACCUAACCUUUUGUUUUUUUGAAUGACUGUGUGCAUGACUUGGGGAGAGUGUGCAAGUUAAAAAAAGCAAAAAUGUUUUUAAAAUGUUUUGCCAUGUAUGAGGGGUGCUAGAAGAUGCCAAGUGCAAUAUUUUCCUUAAACAGCAAAUGUGGGAGCUUGGAUCAAUGUUUUAAAGUAACUUUCAUGAUAGUAAAAACGUUGGUUCAAAUAAAUUUCUAUACCUGCUGUUUGCAUGUUUGUUGCUUUCUAAUUAAAAUAUUUGGUUGUUU